UUAGCGUUUUAGAAAUCAGAGAAAAAGAGUUGUUCCCAGAAGGCAAGAGCCCAGCAGCUAACUCCAUUAAUGGCGUCGAAGCUUCUGACCCGGAUCCGAACCGCAUGUCGUACCCGAACACUCCCCGCCCCGACCCAAAUCUCUCCUUGCAAUUCACAAACAAAGAGGCUUAUUCAAUCGAGGCCUUACUCGAACGAUAUCAAAUCCGAAUCAACAGCUUCUUCCUCUUCUUCCCCAAUUUCUUCUCUGAAUCAAACUGAACUCGUUAAAUUCUCCGCCAUUGCUGAUUCCUGGUGGGAUGCUGAUGGACCGUUCAAGCCGUUACAUGUUAUGAAUCCUACGCGUCUCGCUUUCAUUCGCUCAACUCUCUGCCGCCAUUUCAGUAAGGAUCCGAACACUGCAAGGCCUUUUGAAGGAUUGAAAUUUGUGGAUGUUGGUUGUGGGGGUGGAAUUCUAUCUGAGCCUUUGGCUCGCAUGGGAGCUACUGUGACAGGAGUUGAUGCCGUGGACAAGAAUAUUACGAUUGCCCGCCUACAUGCGGAUUUGGAUCCAGUAACUGCAUCAAUUGAAUAUCAUUGCACAACAGCUGAAAAACUGGUAGAAGAACAAAGGGAGUUUGAUGCGGUGCUUGCUUUAGAGGUCAUUGAACACGUAGCAGAUCCUACUGAAUUCUGCAAAUCCCUUUCGGCACUAACUGUUACUCAGGGAGCUACUCUGAUCUCAACUAUCAGUCGUUCUAUGAGAGCCUAUGCAACCGCUAUAGUUGCAGCAGAAUACCUCCUCCAAUGGCUUCCCAAAGGUACACAUGACUGGUCGAGCUUUCUUACUCCUGAAGAACUAGUACUUAUUCUACAACGUUCUUCUAUAUCUAUCCAAGAGAUGGCUGGUUUUGCAUACGACCCCCUGAGUGGCCGCUGGUUUCUAACAGAUGAUAUUGGUGUAAAUUUCAUUGCAUAUGGUAUGAAAAUGAACGGAUAGAAGCAAUAAAUUUACACUAGUUCUUACUAGUUAUCGUGUGAUCUCUAAUAUUGUUGGAUCACGUCGCUCACUGUUGGAAUGAGACUGGAAGAAGGUUGCAGAAAGGAUAAGCUUUGCAGCAAGAUAUGUAUCAUUUUUGAAGGUGUCUUGUAUGGCGAUGCUGUAUUAUACUAGUGAUAUAGAAUGUUAACAUUUGGCCAAAAUUUCACUGUUUUGCAAUAGAGGAAAUAUAUAUUAAUUUUUUUA